AGAGGUGAUGUCAUGGCGAGAGCGAGCAGUGGUGCUGAUGUGGAGAGAAGCCCAGGGUACCACUAAUUGAGGGAGUGAGGAAGGAAGCACCUCGCCUGAACAGGACCGCAGAUUUGUGACAGCGUCCUGAGCUGGUGACAGACCUACUCUGUGACUUUCAGCCAGAUUCAGCCCUCACAUUCCUGAAAACAUGACCCUCGCCGCCUACAAAGAGAAGAUGAAGGAGCUCCCACUGGUGUCCUUGUUCUGCUCCUGUUUUCUGGCCGAUCCUCUGAAUAAAUCAUCCUAUAAAUACGAAGGCUGGUGUGGGAGACAGUGUAGGAGGAAAGAUCAAAGCCAGCGGAAAGACAGUGCUGACUGGAGAGAAAGAAGAGAGCAGGCAGACACAGUGGACCUGAACUGGUGUGUAAUUUCCGACAUGGAAGUCAUUGAGCUGAACAAAUGUACCUCGGGCCAGUCCUUUGAAGUCAUCCUGAAGCCACCUUCCUUCGAUGGGGUCCCUGAGUUCAAUGCCUCCCUACCCAGGCGGCGAGACCCAUCACUGGAAGAGAUCCAGAAGAAACUAGAAGCAGCUGAGGAGCGAAGAAAGUACCAGGAAGCUGAGCUCCUGAAACACCUAGCAGAGAAACGAGAACACGAGCGGGAGGUGAUCCAAAAAGCCAUUGAGGAAAACAACAAUUUCAUCAAGAUGGCUAAGGAAAAACUGGCCCAGAAGAUGGAAUCCAAUAAGGAAAACCGGGAGGCCCAUCUUGCCGCCAUGUUGGAACGGCUGCAAGAGAAGGAGCCGCCUGCUGCGCGGUGACUCCCGGGACCCGAUCGGUGGCCUCGUCCCAUGGACAAGCACGCGGAAGAGGUGCGGAAAAACAAGGAGCUGAAGGAAGAGGCCUCCAGGUAAAGCCCAGAGGCCAAAGAAGUUUCCAGAACAGCCGGACAGCUCCAGCAGCUCCGCAGUUCCCGAGGCAGCCUCGUCCGCCGCGGGCUGCUCUCCCAGCACUGGGGUUUGGGGGGGGAGGGGGGUGGCCAGGGGUGUUUCCUCUGCUUUUGGUGUUUGUACAUGUAAAGAAUUGACCAGUGAAGCCAUCCUAUUUGUUUCCGGGGAACAAUGAUGGGGUGGGAGAGGGGAGAGAAGGAGAGAACUUGGGAAAGAAGAUGGAGAAGGACUCACGGACAUUGCAACCCUGCCCACCGCAGACUCAGGUCAAGUCCUUGGCUUUUCUUCGCGGUGAAUGUCCAGGCACCAUGUUGAGGGAGGCUGCAAACGGGGCAGAGUCCGGGGUGGGGCAGCGGCUGCAAGGCCCUGCGGGGGAAGCCCAGGGAGAGGGUGGGGGGCCCCCCGGACGUGUUGCUUCCGCCCUGCAACAGGUGGGAUGAGGUCCGAGUGUGUGUGUAUUAACCAUCAUCUUUUGAUCAUCAUGACCAAUGAAAUAUUUAC